AGUUAGAAGAGCAUUAGAGUUACACAAUUAUCUCAACUUUAAUCUUAAUUAACUGUAAGUACAUCUUCAUUCCCAGUAUUCCUAUUCAGGUUUUGGUUUGGUCAGGAAACGAUUAUCAGUCACUGUCAGACAGUGUGUUUUAAUGUAGGUACGUAUUCAUCUAGCUUCCUGGCAUUGGGGUGUUCUUUGGAGCUCAUGAAUAUGCUGAUAUCCUCAUUAAAUGGUGCCUAUGUUUUGCUGGCAUCUGCAAAUAUUUUCCUCUGCUGUGUGUAACUGAAACCACAGGACGCGACUCUCGACUCAUUUCACGCAGCUUGCCAGAUUGAGCCAGACUUCAGCGCUCGAACUUAAAAGUCUUUCAAUCAUUGCAAUGGGAGGAAGUUAGCAUUACACUCUAUGUGUUUCACUCUACAUCAUACAUUUUCAUUUUUUGAUGACUUGAUAACUUGGUUUCCGUCUAUGACCUUACCAAUCUGGAGAUAGCUGUUGACUGCGGAUUUUAUGACCCUGACCAUGGUAAAGGAAGAAGUAAUGGAUUUGAAACCCUCAAUCCUGAAAUUGGAGCAUGAACUUAUCCUGGAUGACCAUGAAGAGACAGGCAACGCAGGCGUCAGCAUGGGCUCAAAAAUUCUUCGGCCAACAAAGAAUCAACGCUGCAGACAAGAUUCAAAUAAAAGCACUAACCAAAAGAAAGCUCCGCAAAAGAAGUUGGGUCUAUUCCCUAUCGUUAUUUUGGAAAGGCUGGAUCUUUCAUCGUUAAAGAGUCUUCAAUCAAAGAUCAAAACCUCUGCAUCUAGUGAUAAGAGUGGACCUGAAAAAAGCUUACGGAUAAAAGAAGAACCGGUGGAUAUUGCGGACCUUCAUGCAGAUUUUGUGAUGAACUCUCGUCAAAAAAUUUCAAUUGGAACCAGCUCCUACAGCAUCUGCGAUGAUCAUUCAAAAUCUUCGCUCGAUGUUGUCGAAAAGAAAUUGAAGAAUUUGCUUACAAUGGAAAGUAGUGUCACCCAGCCAAUUGUAGAAGCCGAGAAUGAAACAGAAGUCUCUAUCAAUGAAAAUAUUGAUUCCUCUUAUCAGAAUCAGUUUGGAUCAAGUGAUGCCCUGGCUUCGAAGACUUUGAAGGCUUCUCUGAAAGAAAAAGAACCGGUCAUCUACAAUUUGGAAGGGACCCUUAUCAAAUCAGAGAUUCCUGUAAUUGAGAGAAGCAUCAAAAUACCCUCUGGAACCGUUCUCAAAAACGGUCAUUAUCGUUGUGACUUGUGUGGGAGACAGUUGAAAAACAUUUCAAAUCUAAAAGGUCAUUUCCGGAAUAUUCACUCAGAUGAGAGACCCUUUUCCUGUAAACUCUGUCCAAAGAGGUUCAAAACAAAGAGUAUUCUCAAACAUCAUUUAUAUGUAACUCAUUCUGAUGUAAGACCUUAUAAGUGUACAUUGUGUGAAGCUUCCUUUAAAACUAAAGGUAGUGUUGCUUUUCAUUUAUCAAGUGGAAUUCACUCUGAUAAAAGACCCCACGCUUGUAAACUCUGCCCAUUGCGAUUCGCCGCAAGGAGUAACCUUUUAUCUCAUAUCAAAACGCACUCACUUGAAAGACCAUACUCUUGUAAAGUGUGUGCAAGAGGGUUCAGAUUAGAAAAAUUUCUGCAGCACCAUUUAAAGACUCAUUCUGAUGAGAAACCCUUUGCUUGUAGAGUUUGUUCUCUACGAUUUCGAUGCAAAGAAAGUCUUCGGAAUCAUUUUCAACGACUUCAUGCUCAUCAAAUGACAGAUACUUGUAACGAGAGUUUUAACUCCCGUAAAAAAAGAGAUUCUAAAAAAAAUUUGAGUUGUCGUGGCUCAGGUAGUAAUCUCAAUCCUCUUACUCAUUCUUCUCAACAUAAAAACAAAAGACAAUUAAAAAGUACGUUAAAAACCUUUUCCGCCAAUGAACUUUAUACUUGUGAAAAAUGUUCCGCAAAGUUUAAAGAUAAAAAAGGUCUUCUACUUCAUUUACAAAGUCAUGCCAAUAAGAGACUUUUGGAAUGUGCGCAUUGCGAUGCAAAAUUCAUUAGGAGAGAUGUCCUCAUAACUCACUUGAGAUCACAUUCUGAUGAAAGACCCUAUUCUUGCCAUAAGUGCGGUAAACGGUUCAAAGGUAAAGGACCCCUCUGGACUCAUCUUAAAUCUCACUCGAAUAAAAGGCCUUUUAAGUGUGAUAUCUGUGAUGCACGUCUCAGAACUAAGUCCUCUCUGAAGUAUCACCGAUCAACUCACUCUGUUGAGAAACCAUUCACCUGCAAUCAAUGUUCUGCUUGUUUUAAAGGAGAAUCAGGUCUAAAAUCUCACGUUCAAAAUUAUCACACUGAUAGAUCUGUCAUGUCUUGUAAGUACUGUUCAGAAAAAUUCUCACAAAAAUUUUGUCUUCAAUCGCAUGUUCAAAAAAUGCAUAAAAAAGAAAGACCUUUCUCUUGUGGCGAAUGUAGUUUUCGAGCUGAAUCGGAACACGAUCUCGAUUCUCACCUCCGAGUUCAUUCUGAUGAAAGACCUUUCGCUUGCAAACUUUGCUCCCAAAAAUUCAAAAGGAGGUGGGUCCUCAAAAUGCAUUUACUUAACAUUCACCACAAGAAAUCCCUUCCAUCCUGAAUUGUGCCGGAUUCGAAACUGAUCACUGCACUAAUUUUAAGUGCAAAUGUGAAUAAUCUGUAAGGGCUAGGAUCUCUUUACUUCAGUGGUACAGACGAGUUUAACUGUAGAAUUUUUUUUUUUUUUUUUUUUUUUUUUUUUUUUUUUCACUCAAAAAUGUAAGCAAGACUUCUUUUUUUUCUUUGAUAAAUUGGGGGUAAAUUCAUCCCUUGAGAUAGAAUUGAAUAAUUCUGGGCUUUACCCUAAAUGAUGAUAAAAAUUUGAUCAUCCAUUUAUUUUCAACAAACUGAUAAUAUAUAACUGAUGAGAAAUGUUUUAAUUGUAUUGGCAGAAACUAUUCUAUUACUUAUUUUGUAAGAGCUCUCAAUAAAAGAACAUCUUUCAAUAUUCAUAA